ACUGCACCCUUCAGCCACCACUUCCGUUGUCUCCAGGUGCCUCCCAAUCUCGGCAUGGCGCUGCCCUGGGUUCUCACUGUCCUGAGCCUCCUUCCUCUGCUGGAUGCCCAGAGCCUAGGAUGUGCCAAAUUCAGGGCAUUGCCUAUCACCGAUGCCACCCUAGACCGGCUCUCUGGCAAGUGGUUUUAUAUCGCGUCGGCCUCCCGCAAUGCUGGGUACAAGCACUCAGCGAAGACAUAUCAGGCAGCCUUCUUUUACUUUGAUCCCAGCCACAAGGAGGACACGAUACAGCUCAGAGCUUAUUCAACCAUUGGGAACCAGUGUGUCUACAAAUCAGCCCUCUUGAAUGUCCACCGGAAGGAAGGGACCUUAUCCAUACACGAAAAUGGCAGAGAACAGUUUGCCUACUUGUGGCUCACCAAGGACCCCAGAACCUUCAUGUUUGCCUACUUCCUGGACGAUAAGCAGAAUAUGGGGCUGUCCUUCUAUGCGGACAGGCCUGAGGUGACCCCGGAGCAGAUGAGUGAGUUCCAUGAAGCCAUCGGGUGCAUCGACAUUGACAAGUCGGAAAUCAUGUACACUGAUGAGAAAAAGGAUCAGUGUGGGCCUCUGGAGAAGCAGCACGAGGAGGAAAGGAAGGAGAAACAGGAGGAGGCCUAGGAGGACGCAGCCCUGGGUUGGGGCCUCGGGGACUUGGGGGCGUCCUCAGCCCCCAUCCACCCUUUGUACCUCCAUUCCUUCCCUCAGUGGCAACAAUAAAGCUUCUGCCUUUGCGACGGGCACUCAUCA